GACGCGUGUUUGAUUUAUUACAUUUUAUAAAUUAAUACUUGCCUUGUAUUAUUAUUGCGCUACUUCUGCGGAUUUAGGUGCGUUUAGGAAUUUAUAUUUUAUUGGGAUGAAAUAAAAUUGUAUUUCUGUUUGUGGGUUUUCGUAUAGGUAGCCUAAGAGGUGAUAGAAAAAGUGAUUUGUUAGUAUUCCUUUUUUAUUCGUAGUGUUAGAAUUAUUGAGAUAUUGUGUGGCGAAGCAUGGCCCGUCGGUGACACUGACAUCCCGCUCGCAUCCCGGACACACCCGUGCGAUGUGCUUGUGUGCGCGUGAGAUCGGCGCCGGCGGUUCACUGCUGUCAUGGUGUUAGGUCUCCAGACCCUGAGGCGAUGGAAGAUCAGUCAAGGCACGUUUGGACUUCUGAGAUUUAUGCGUCUGCACCGCUGUGAGGGGUGCCUCGCGGCGUGCGGCCGCGAACGCCGCGCCGCGACGCUGCUCACCGCGCCGGCGCGACCGCUGCACAGGACUAAGUUGCUGAAGAGAGCCCGACGUGCGCCGUACUCGCCGAACGCCAUGAACAAGGAGAACUGCGUAUCCAAGAUGGCGGAGCCCUCGCCUCCCACGCCGCCUGACAACGAUGCACCACCGAUGCCUUGGUUCGGGAUGGACAUCGGCGGCACGCUCACCAAGCUGGUGUACUUCGAGCCGCGCGAGACCAACCGCCGCGAGCUGGACCGCGAGACCGAGGUGCUCAAGAACAUCCGCCGCUACCUCACCAGGAACUCCGCCUACGGGAAGACCGGGCGACGAGAUGUGCAUCUGCAGAUGGAGAACGUGCGCAUCCGCGGUCGGCGCGGCACGCUGCACUUCAUCAGGUUCCCCACGUCCGAGGUCGGCGCCUUCCUGCAGCUGGCCAGGUCCAAGGGCAUGGCCGACCUCGUCAACACCAUCUACGCCACCGGCGGCGGCGCCUACAAGUUCGAGGAGGAUUUCAUCAAGGAGGUGAACAUGCGGCUGUCGAAGCUGGACGAGCUGGACUCGCUGAUCGCGGGCGUUCUGUUCGUGGACGCGAUGAAUGCGCAGGAGUGCUACUACUGGGCGCCGCCCGACGACCUGCCCGCACACCACCAGCCCAGCGACAAGCCGCCGUACUCGGAGGCGGCGCUGAGCCAGUACGUGCGCAAGCCGUACGACUUCUCGUCGCCGUUCCCCUUCCUGCUCGUCAACAUCGGCAGCGGCGUGUCGCUGCUCGUCGUCAACUCGCCCGACAACUACUACCGCGUCAGUGGCACCAGUCUGGGCGGCGGCACGUUCCUGGGCCUGUGCUGCCUGCUGACCGGCUGCAGCAGCUUCGAGGAGGCGAUCGCGCUGGCGGCCGCCGGCGACAACACCACCGUCGACAAACUCGUCCGCGACAUCUACGGCGGGGACUACGAGCGGUUCGGCCUGCCCGGGGACCUCGUCGCCAGCAGUUUCGGGCAGAUGUGUUCUGCGGAGAGACGCGCCAAGGUGUCUCGCGCCGACCUGGCGCGCGCCACCCUCGUCACCAUCACCAACAACAUCGGCUCCAUCGCCAGGCUCUGCGCCUCCAACGAACGCAUCGAGCGCGUGGUGUUCUGCGGCAACUUCCUGCGCGUGAACCCGCUGUCGAUGAAGCUGCUGUCGUACGCGAUGUCGUACUGGUCGCGCGGCGCGCUCAAGGCGCUGUUCCUCGAGCACGAGGGAUAUUUCGGCGCAGUCGGCUGUCUCCUCCGAUUGGACUCUCAGAAGCAAAGCGAUGGGGACAGAUGAACAAUUAACACCUUAUCUAUAUUUAGUUAAACCGGACCAUGGGCUAAGGAGGCCCCGGGCUUUUCACGACUAUCCUGCUACUAGACUACUUUUCUAGCCUUUUCGUACAUUUGGCGGACUUUUCUAUGGUCUUUUUGUACUUGUGGCGGUCUUUUGGCCUUUUCCCGUUUUCCGUCUUAAGUCUGCAAAGCUUGACGCUGAAGCCACUGAUGUAAGGCGCUUUAUAAGAAAUUAUUAUGUGACAUAUAUCGGAAAAUUCAACAUCAGAUAUUUCUAAAAAAUGAUUUUUAAUUCGAGUCUGAUGUUUCGACCAAUAUUGUUAGACUGGUUUUAUGAUUGCACGCAGCACAGGAGCAAACUACUGUUGACAUGUGACCAAAGUGGGGCGUGUGAUAAUAGCCAAAUACAUUGACAUUAAAAAAAGGUCACUCUUGCAUCCCGCCUAGAAUCUAUUAAAAUCGAAAUGCACUGUACUCGACGAAUAAUUCAGAACAUCACAGAACUGUGCUGCUCUGCAUAAAAAGGCCUAUAAUAGACGUCACGCGCCUAAUUUCACAUCAAUGUCUUUUCGGAAACGCUGCGUUUUAAUUAGCCAAUCCGAAACACGACAUCGUUGAAACCACUAAUAACAUGAGGUGUCUUACUGCCGUUUUCAAUAAAUGAUUCAAAUCGCUUUUUCAAUCUAUCUCAAAAAUUUACUAAUCAGAACAAAGCUUUUUUGACAUUACAAAUGAGAUGAUUGGUUCAUUCUCGGUAUCGGAUUGAAGAUUGAGAUUGGAAUCGUUUGUUGUAAUCGGCUGUUAUCCGUGCAGUGGUGUCUAGGUUUAUUAAUAGAGCUAAAAAAGUGUAAACGGUUUGAAGUUAGCGACGAAUGGCGUAUUCAUUUUGACAGAUAAAAAAUGUACUUAUUAGCUUUUGUAAGUAAUACUAUGACGUGCGAAACUUAAUAAAGUUUAUGAUUCCACGGUCCCCAAGAACAAAAUCUUAUCUGCAAAAUGAUCUAGUUGCAGUAUGAAGGUUUUAAGUGAAAUGAAAAUAUAAAUAUCAAUUCCUCAUUUCAAAAUUGUUAUCGAAAAUUAAUUUAAUUUCUUAACUUAAUUGAUAUUUAUAUUUUCACCUUCAUACUGCAACUAGAGCAUUUCGCAGAUGAGAUUUUGUUCUUGGGAACCGUUUAAUCAAGUUUGUCCUAAAAUAUUGCUGACUUCAAACUGGACAUAAAUAUUAAUGUCGGGCAUGUUUGCUCUUCCUUCCUGUGAAUAAAAUGGAUGGUCAAAAAUAUUUUCUUCUGCUCAGCAUGGCAUUGCAUUCAGUCAUAGACGUUUCCUUUUCGAGAAUUCGCUGGUUCACUAUAACAAGGUCCUAUGUUACACUUGAUGUGCAAAUUGAAUGAUAAAUAUUGCAUGGUUCUAAGUAUUUUUCAGUGAACAAUUACAUUAAUACCGAAUGAUAACAAUGAGAACAUAAAUUAAUUUUAAUAAAUUGUGUUCUAGAAGUUUUUUAUCUCACUUUUGCAACAUAAGUACGUUAACAUAGUACCUUGAAAUAUUGAGUCCCGGACCCCCCCGUUGUGCCUACCCGCGGUCUCCUAACCGCCGCGUGCCUCGACAUAGCACAAAUUAUACUAUAUUUUAUGCGCAUGCGCGUCCGCUGUUGUUUUACUGAGAGUAAUUUAUAUCGACAACAUUGCGAACCGCUUUUGUUGGCAACAUUGUCGUUUUGCGCUAAGUUAUACAGGGUGUCCUCGAUGUUCAAAAACAUUUUUUUACACUGAAUUGCUGGAUUGCUAGUGAACAAUUUUUUUUUUCAUGGCAACUUUUUGAUUUUGGAAAUUCAUUGAAACGAAUUUAUUGUUUUAUUAAUAUUCUACAUUGUUGAAGCUACAAAAUGUUAAUUCAGCAAGAUAAAAAUUAUAUGAAAUACAUAGUGUACCUACAGACAUAGGUCUGUAGGUAGCUAUAGUACAGACUACAGUUUACGUGCCGCCGUGUUGGUACCGGGCGAGCGACGCAAGGUGCUUCAGUUGUAUAAUAAAUGUUUUUGAACAAAAUUGGAUUUGAAGUCCAAUAUGACUCAUGUUCUCGAGGACAAUGCCUUUGAAAAUAUACAAAUGGUUGAAAUUUUAAAAUAAUACAGUCGCCUUUAAUUUCAAUAUUGACAAUUAUUGUUAUAAAUAGAUAAAUUAUUAUGCUAAGUUUUGACGUGGCCACUUUGUUACCUAUCGUGGAAAAUAAUUAUUCAUAUUUUUUUCUUAUUGAUGGUCACAAUAAUUUGAUUUUUUAUAUGCAUAUUUUAUAUUUUUCAAAUAGCAACAUUUAAUUUUCUACGUAUUAUAAGGUAUGGGUCACACCGGAAUAAUGUAAUUUAGAAUGGCAACAUUGAAAAAUUAUUUUUUAAGUAUUUUUAAGCAGCAAUUAAUUUAGUUUAUUUAUUAAAUUUCCGCAUAGUACGUUAGAGUUUGUGGCGUUGGUGUGAUUUCGAUAAGCUGUCCGCUGAAGGAAAAUUAACAAAUAUACAUCAAUUAUAUUUAGUUUGCCAAUAGAUGGCCAUAAAUUUAAUUACGAUCUGGAGAACCCUGUCGAAUAUGAAAUCCAACGAGUGAACUUUAAUCUCAUGUACGUAAAGUUAAUUUUCCUUCGGUCGUCAGUCUUGCACUUAUUGUUAAGGCUGGUGUUGUAAGGCCGUGUUGUUGGAUUUCUUACCAGAACAUAAGCUAGUAGUGGUGGGGACGAGUGAGCGUGUGUAUGAACGAGUGUACAGUGGCUGCGUGACACGUGUCAGCCAAUAGACAACGAGCAUUGAUUGAGGAACCAAUUGCGCUUCACGUCGGCGCGAAACCGACCAAUCACAAGCGUGCUCACGACUCGUGCCGCCAUCUACAACUGGUGCGAAAUCCAAUCUCACUACCGGUUGAUAGCUUAAUUUUGAGCAGGGUUCCUUCGUUAUUUUUCUACGUACAUGCAGUUUUGUGUAGCGAUGGUAGACGUCUCCAACAGGACGCGGUUUGUUGGCGGCCGCUGACGGCUCUAGUUGAUAUCGAUACGUAUAUCGAUUAUCGUAAUCGAUAUGAGGCUAUUUUCAUGGUAAGGCAUCAAAUAUUCUUAGAGUUGAAAAGAGGGUAGUUAAACUUUAAUGUUAUGUGGUAAUGAACUAGGCUGUUAAUCCGACCAAUAUGCUGUAUUUUGUUGGUAUUGUUUGUGGACGUCUCUGGAACGACGUUGGGUGAGGUGGCUGUUUUAUAAUUAGAAAUAAAAUAUACAUUAUA